AUGCGCCCGUCACUAGCAACAGCCGGAGCCGCGGCUCUCGUGGGAACAGCCCUCGCCCAGUCCGACUCGGUCUCCAUCAAGGACGCCGACACUGGCUUCACAUGGUCCAGCUUCACCAUCGACGAGGGCCUGACCUUCCGCAUUGCCGUACCCAGCCCGGCCCCUGCCAACGCCUCCUUUGAUGCGGUCUUCCAGCUCAUCGCGCCCAAGACCAUCGGCUGGGCGGGUCUCGCUUGGGGUGGCGGCAUGACCUACAACCCGCUCGCCAUCAUGUGGCCCAACGGCAACGACGUCGUCCUGACGUCCCGCAUGGCAUACGGCUACUACACGCCUCCUCCCUACCCGGAUGCGACCUACACCCUGCUCAAGAAGGCGUCCCACGUCAACGCCACCCACAUGCAGGUCACGGCCAAGUGCACAGGGUGCACCCGCUGGGGCGACGAUGACAUCGGCAUCACGCAGAUGGACCCCACCAACCAGAACUUCAUGGCCUUUGCCUACUCCAACGUCCCCGUCGACGAACCCGCCAACCCAGACAGCACCUUUGGUAUCCAUGACCUGAUCGGCCACUGGGUCGAGGAUCUGAGCCAGGGCGCGAACCCAGACUUUGCCGCCCUCGUGGCCAAGAACCUCGGGGACAGUGCCGGAACCCCGGCCCCAACAAGCUCUCCCGCUCCUGCCCCCACUGCUAGCAGCAGCAGCUCCGCGCCGACGACCUCGACGACCUCGACGACCUCGACGACCUCGACUGCUUCGGGGACUACGAAGCCGACUGGCGAGGCAUGCCCGGCCAAGAAGACCAAGAAGAGAAAGGUUCAGCGUCAGUUCUAG